UUUUAAUUCCCAAAUCCGUAUAUGUAUUAUUGUGAGGGUCUACAGAAUCAGUCGGAAUAAAAUAAUUUGUUAUUGUUUCGCGGAUAAAAUUGAAGGAACGAAUCGAAAGAGUAAUUAUUCAUCAAGAUGUCACUGAAGAAUGCAAAGCCUGAAAAAAAGAAACCUCGAGCAAUGCCAGUUGAAACUAUUGUCACACGUUUCAAAUCGGCCCAACAGAAAAGACUCCUUGAAAAAGAACAAACAAAACCAACGGCAAAGUCAAAAAACAUAAACUCAUGUAAAAAGUCAAAAUCAAACUUAAAAAAGGUCACAUCAGUAGAAAAGAAGUCACCUAGGCAAAAAAAGGUGAAAAAAUUAGUGGAAAAUGAUAACACAAAGACAAUUGAGGAACCACAGAUUGAGAAUAAAGAAUAUUAUCCAAAUAAACUUAAAAGGAAGGUCCUUAAUGCAAGAAGAUUUCUCGCUCCGAAGCCCAAUUGUAAAGUUAUAUGCGGAACAAAAAGUGUCAAUAAAAGGAAACUACACAUCCCUCAACGAGAUAUGAAAUAUGUAACUGAGCAAACGAAGGCUCAAUGUGUCAUCGAUUCCGAUAAACCUAAACAGAAGACUCAGUCACCAGAACUGAGUAUCACAGACAUGGUGCGGAUAAUCGAGGAGAACGGGAGCCUGGAUGAGGAGGAUUUGUUGGAAAUAUUGACGUGCCCAAGUCCUGUGUGGUGGGAGGAACCUCCUGAUGGAUAUAUUGAAGAAGCGCUGUUCUCUCAAGAUCGUCCAGAAAAAACUAUAAGUGUCAAAAAUCAAAUAAAAGAAGAACAAAAGAAGGAUGUCGAACGAAAACGAAACAAAGAAGACAAACAUGAAAUGAAUAACAACAGCGAUAAAACAGACUUGCCGGAAUCGUUAGAUAUAAAUAUAGAGAGUCGAGACAAAAGCUUCAUCAAUAAACGAUGUAAAUUAGAAACUCUUUUAGGUAUAAUUAAAAACAAAGGCGUCAAGCCGCUCAUUAAUAAAACAAAUUCCAAUAAAAAUGAAUUGGAUCCCGUUAAUAAUAAUGAAAAGGAUUGCCCAAAGGUUAAAGUCAAAGAAGAAGUCCCGGAACAUUUUGACGUGAAGGAAACAAUUGAAGAAGUAAAAAGUAAAAGAAAUUCAGAAUGUACGGACGAAGAAUUCAUUGAAUUUAGAGACGAUGAAAUUUUGAGACAUUUGGAAAAUCUAGAAAUACCAGUCGAAGUAUCCGUAAAGAAUAAUGAUUCGGAAGAAAACGAAGAUGUUACUGAACAUACACAAUCAAGGAGAAUAUCAAUUGAGUCGAACACGAGUGACAAAAAUAUGUCCGCAGAAUAUUUAGAUUUGAGUUUGCUCGAUGACGACGAGGCUGAUAACACACUAUACGCUUGUAAAACAAUCAAAAGCGAAUCUACUCUUGAUGAAUUAAAGCAAGAAAAUGAUGAAUCUGAACAUAUUAACGAACCAUCAGACAGGCUACCUAGAAUACAAAACGAUUUCAACAAAACUAAUGACAAAGACGAAGACAAUAAUGACAAAACAGUCAGUACAGAUGACAAUAACACGAAAAUUUAUAAAAAAAACCUUGAUAAUGAAUUUGUAACAGUUUAUAAAAUAAUUAAUAAUGAUACUUUGAACGAGACGGACGAACUUGACAGGCAUACAAGUGUAAACAUAGAUAAGAUAAAAGAUACAAAAGAUAUGGUUGAUAGAAAAAUUAAUUCAUACUACAAACAAUGUAAGAAGAUACCCACUUUAAAGUUAAAACUCGUUAAGGAAUCCACAGACAAGUGUAAUCGUUAUAAAAGUAAAGCAAUCACCAUAUCGGACAGCGAUAAUGUCAAAUAUUGCUUCAUUUGCUCAUCAAUAUUUGACUCGGAGAAAUGUAAUUACUGUCUACGGAAGACAUUGAAAAGAAAAUUGAACGAGUACUCUUGCGAUGUGUGCGGUUUGAUAGUUAAUACUAAACAUGAAAUGAUUAAACAUUUAAGUACACACAUUUGAAGAUAUUGAGUUAUUAAAUGUGGCUUUGUUAUUGUAAAUGUUUCUACAAAUCCAUCUGGGUAGGCAUGUUUUCAUAAUUUAUUCUUCGGUCAAACAGUACUUUGUUUGUUCCCCUUUGAAGGUAGGUGCGAGUGUGCAAAUGUCUGUGAGCGUUACUGACCACCAGGCUGGUUAUCUAUUUUAAAUAAGAUGUGGAUGUAUAUAGAUGUGUUUGUAAAUAAAAUGAUACUAGUGACUGAAUAUACUGGUCGAAUAUACAAGUAAAACACAUGGAUUUAACAAUUCAAUAGAUCUUGGCUCAAUAAGUUAAAAAUAUGAUUAUUUUAUCAUAUAAUUAUUAUAUAUAUAUGUGUAUAUAAGUCUGUACAUUAGAAUGGUAUAUGAAUAAUUAAUACUUUUAUCCUUAGUGUAGUUUCAUAGUUAACAUUAUGAUUUAUAGUCGACCCAUCUCAAUAAAUGGACUUUAUGAUGAAAAAAUAUUUUCCAAAUCGGUCAGACAGAAAUUCAUAAUAUUAGAAAUUAAAUUGAAACCAUCUCAUGUAUGUAUAUAAAUGGACCUAGUUGUAAGUACAUUUUAGUUUUCUGAAUUUUUUCGAAAUUUGUACAUUUUUUUUUUUUUUUAGAGUUCACAGAGAAUAUUUCACUAAUGUCAGUUGCGAUUUAUAAUGACUAACCCUAUUUAUGACAUAUAACCGCCAUAGUAUAUAUUUGACAUUACGAAAUGAUAACUCAUUGAAAUAGUUAAGGAUGUUAACUCCAAAUGUAUAUACGCUCAAAACGCUUAACUACCUUUCUUAAGUAGUCGAAUAAUAAUUAAAUCAAUGUAAUUAAAUGUAUUAAUUAAUAAACAAACUCGCGUUAAAAUUCUGACAUAAUCAAUUUGACAUUCGAAGGAAGACCUUGUUCAACUAAUGUACAUUAAUCUUUAUGAUUUUUUUCUAAGUGUUGACUUUAAAAUGUAUUAAUAUUAAAGCGUUCGUAUGCAAUGAUUAUAUCUGUUAAUCUUAGCCCUUCGUAAUUAAAUCGCAGGAGUUAUGAUAAAUAAACCUCAACUUGAUAAUAGAUCUAGAUAGUGUCGCAUUAUAAAAGAACUAAAACAAACGCUAUGCUUGACACUCGCCGAACGUCAUACUUCUUUACUAGUGUGUGUGUGUACUCAGUACAGUCUAUUGGACAGUAUUUUUUGUCGACACUUUCACUUUGACAAUAUAUCUUGAUAAGAAUUAACAAAAAUGACCUUGACCUCGAUAUCUAUUUAUUGUCUGUGGUGUUUAUUGUGUUCUUUUUAAUUUAAGCGAAGUUGUCAGAACACUUUAAUUCACUUUGGAAGUGAAUUAAAGUGGAUAUAAGUAGUUAAAAGUAGUGUAGUAUUAUAAUCGAGAACUGUUUAUAGUGAGUAAUAUUAGAGAUAUUAACAAAUCUCAUGGACUGUGUUAAUAUUAAGGUUUGUUUAUAUCUUCUCUUCCUGCCGUUGGAAUAUACAUUUUACGAAAAGAUCUUAUACAUAUUAAUAUUUAAAAAUAAACUUGUAGUGACAUUAUAACAUACCUUUGCGUCAGUCUCGUUUCAAGAAUAAAAAAAAAAAAAUUAAAACCUAUAAAAUAAUCUUUAAAAUAUUGGAAAGUAUAUUCGUCUCUUUCUAGCAAUAGUUUUUACACAUAACGAGUUCUCUUUCAUGUCAAAGUUGGCAUGACUUAUAUGAAUUUGACAUUUUUAGAUUUUUUUUUUC